AUGAUGUCAUCAGAUUUGAAAAUUGAUUAUACAAGUAAGUGGUAUUACAUUAACAACAUGUAUUUUAUCCUACAAAAUGAUAAAAUUUAUAGAUCAUCUUCAAUACAACAAGGUCAAUUUGAACAAAUUUUUCAAGCUGAUGGACACAUUGAAGCUUUAUGUUAUGGAUCAAAUGUUUAUGUUCUCGUUUCAGGUGAAAUGGUCUAUUCAUAUCCUGUAAGUUAUAACAGACAUAUUUAUUUAUCACAGGAUUUAUCAAAUUGGGAAUCGGUUUAUUCAUUCACUCCAAAACUUACUCAAAAUUAUAGAUUUACUAAUUUAUUUUAUAUUGAUGGGUAUUUCAUUGCUUUAGGAUGUGGUGAUUUAGUAAAUAUCAGUAGUGAUGGAAGAAACUGGUCUGAAAUCACAAAAUUUCAAGAUGUUAGAAAAGCAAUUUUCAAAAAUAAUACGUUAAUAUUGAUAACAAGACCAGUUUUAAAUACUCACCCAAAUUCAAUAUUAUAUAAUAAAUUCAAUAUUCAUAAUGGAUUAAAUACAAUUCUUGAGAUGAUUUACCCCAUUGGUUCUAUUUAUACGUCAAUGAAUUCAACAAAUCCUUCAGAAGUUUUAGGUUUUGGUAUGUGGGAACAGAUUGUAGAUAAAUUCUUAUACUGUGCUAACUCUUCAAAGCAAACAGGAGGUUCGAAGAAAAUUACUGAAGCAAACCUUCCACCGCACACUCAUACAGGAACUACAAACUUUUCUGGCGACCAUAGUCACUCAUUAAGAGACCAUCCAUUAUACAACUCAGAAUAUUAUGCUGGCAAUGACGUUUUAUCUCCAGAUUAUAACCAUUCGGCAAAAAAGACUUUUCGACCAACUGAACCGGGAGGAAAUCAUUCACAUACUUUCACAACAAAUCCAACAGGCUUGGGUAAAGAUUAUAUGCCUCCAUUUAUGACUAUAUUCGCAUGGUAUAGAGUUUAUUGA